UGACGUACUGAAAAAUAAUUGUUUGCUCUCUGGUAGCUAAGCAAAACUAUGAAGCAUGUACGACACAGACUAGCAGCCUUGAAGACUGUGGAGAGAGAUGAGUUAACUCUUCCUGGUGGCGUCCGGAAGGUCUCACCCACUAGAGAUACAUGCAGUCGGUUAUUGAAGGAGACUUACCCCACUGGCCCUUCCCCAGCAUUUAGCACAGAUUUCCAUGCAGCCCUUGUACUUCGACCAGGUGUUGAUGAGGAGGAGAACCGUAAACAAUGGCAAAACCAGUAUCUCAUGUACAGAAGACUGUUUAUGGACAUUGAAAGAGAACAAGUAAAAGAAAUUAAAAGACAAAAGAAGAAUGAAAAGAAAAUUAAAAAAAUUAAAGGAGAGAGAGAGAAUUCCAAAGGCAAAUAGAGGAGCAGCAGUUGCUUGAUGAAGCUGACAAGGUCAAGGAAUAUUUACAUGAAAAGCAAUCUGAGUUGUCAAAUUUUCAUCAUGGGCCAAAAAAACAUCCAGAACAUAUAGAAAAAAACACAAAAGAACUUAGAAUAUGUUCAGUAAUAUUCCCCUGAUGUAUUUCUGUCAUUUUUAAUAUUGCCAAUACAUUUUUCAAAUACUCCCAUUGGCCAGUUGGCCACAAAGCAGGUGCUUAUUUUUGAAUUCCAGGCAUGAAUG